AUGGAGGCCUUCACCGACCGGACGCACGUGUGGCUGUGGAUCCGCGAGUACGAAGCGUACCUUUACGCCAGAGAGGACGGGGAGGGCAUCUCCUUUAGAGCGAACCGUGGGGCGCUGCACGGAGCGUGGGCGCUGCACCGCCUGGUGCGCGACGGCACCGACUACGUGCUCUUCCACAGCGCCUCCUACGGCCGGUACCUCACCCAAAUAGAGGACGAGGACAACGAGUGUUACUACCUCGUCCAGUGCACCUACGAUUCGGAGCAGGUGAGCGUCCUGUUUCAGGCCCGCAGGGCGGAGGAUGGAUCCGACGACAUCAUCAUCAGCAACCGCAGGUUCGGCGACUGGUGCCACGACAACGAGGGCACGCCAAUGCAUUGGGUGGUCGAGGCUAUCCCCCGAAGACAGCUCCCGCCUGAGCUUCCAGUUCCACCAGAUCCGAUUCCGCCUCCACCGGUCGUCGGUGGCCCGAUCCGCCGCCGGCGCCGGGGCGUCCAGCCACAAGCGCCUCAAGCGGUGCUUCGUCGGACAAUCCUCUACGUGCGGGCGGACGAUCAAGGGAACUUCAAUCCGCUCCAAUGGAGAAUGUUAUUACAGUUCAAAGGCCAGUCCGUGUUCAACCUGAGGAGAGAUUUAGCAGCCGAACUGGGUGAAGCGAACAACGUCUUAAGCAUCACGCUGUGUGCGUGGGCCGGCUCAAACGGGCGGCUGACUCCUCUGGUCAUCGACCUGCCUUCCAAUGAGAAGACCAUGAACAUCGUCGUCCUCACCACCGGGUCGCCAGCUGCUCAGGAGUUAGUGUACCCAAAUGUUGAUGCUGCAUAG